AUGGCUGGCUACGUUGAUCUCAAUUUCGAGGUUCCCGCCAAAGAUAAUCAACACCAGGCCACCUCGGCCGGUCUGGUUGCCACCUACAAGACCGCCCCCAACUUCACCCUGCCCCUGGGCGAGUUGGCGGUCGCUAUCGGCAGCACUACUUUGGCAUGUAUUUACAGUCGUCUCACUCCACCCAGUCAUGCUAGAAUGGCGUUUAUUGGCCGCGCAACCCCACUUCAGAACGAUUCGCCCGAGCGAGAACUCUGCACCGUUGCCUUUACUCUCGGCUCUAAGGCUCUUGUCUGA